UGUACACUAGACUGUGUUUCUUUUAUCUAUGGUUUCUGUUGCCAAUCUUACUUGUACUCUUCUAUCUAUGAUCCUACCUACGGUACCGCGUACCUCAGUCCUGUACUGAUUGUAUGGCCAUGGCUAGACUGCUAAUUAAUAAGCUAGCCCGAUCUCAAGUUACUAAUCGUGUCAUGCUGAUUAGACCAUCUUGUUUCAAGUACAACCAAGAAACAGCGGGAGACAACGCGUUCCAGGCCCAGCUCGAGGGCCUAACUGACAGCCAAGCACAAGAGGGUGCUCUCAAAGAGUUCAAAUCACUUGUCACAAAGCUGACAGAAGUCAAUAUUGCAGUGAAGAUAUUUGAAGACACAGUAAAAGUUUCGCCCGAUGCGGUGUUUCCGAACAAUUGGUUAUCCUUUCACCACGACGACAACAACGUUUCAAGGCUAGUCGUAUACCCUAUGCUGUCGGACAAGAGAAAACUUGAACGCAAUCUCGAUAUUGUGAAAUAUUGGCAGGAAACGUUGAGUUUAAGUGUUGUCGACUACAGCCACUAUGAGCGAGAGGGUAAGUAUCUCGAGGGUACUGGGAGCAUGGUCCUAGACAGAGUCAACAAACUCGCCUACGCUUGCAUCUCACCACGUACAAAUGUUGAAGUAUUGGAUAUAUUUUGUAAAGACUUUGGAUACACUUCUGUUCCAUUCAGAGCUAAACUGUCCCCAAUGAACGAUGGAGAACUUCACGAUGUAUACCACACUAACGUUAUUCUGAGUGUGUGUGAUGGAUUUGCUGUCAUUUGUCUGGAGGGUAUAGUGGACAAUGUGGAGAGAGAGGAUGUGGUGCAAUCAUUGAAGAAGUCUAAUAAAGAAGUGGUUGCCAUUACUGGGAAGCAGGUAUCUGAGUUUGCUGGUAAUGUGCUACAGCUGGCUGGUCAGGAUGGACGCACUCACCUGGUGAUGUCAUCACGAGCACACGCCUCCUUCACGCCAGAGCAACUCUCAGUAUUCCAGUCUCACUGUGACAGUUGUGUGGUUGUACCACUCGACCUCAUUGAGACUCUCGGAGGAGGCGGAGUCAGAUGUAUGAUUGCUGAGGUCUUCCCAUCUGACAAACAUUAAAUUCUAGACUCUGUAUAUCUAUUAUCAUGAAAUUUAUGUGUAAGGUGUAAAAACUUUUACAUGUAUGACGCUCUUUGCCGGAACACAAA